GUACUGCUUUCGUUCUCGCUGCCACUCCGAGGGCGCCGAUACCUAUGCGCGCAGAUGAGUUGACUCGUGGUUGCCAAUGCAGAUCCGGAAUCAGCGCCUUCGAGGCUGAAGCCAUCAUCGAGCGACUGGAAAGGUUUCAAGUCCGCGACGUUGGAUCGCGCAGAUGGAUGGCCCAACAUGAAAUGACAGAGCGCCUCAAUAUCCAGGCACACAUGAAUGUGCAUCAUCAAAACGAAGAGUUUGUUACGGAAGCCUUGACCACCUUUGAGAAGCUGCCUCUGCUCAUCCGCGACCUGCUCGUCAUCGAGACCUGGAAGGGCAAAGUCUACCCGCUGGUGCUUCGGGAACUGGCCACCGAUAGCGUCACGCUCUAUUUCACUCUCUACCACGAGGCAACUAUCGUCAACCUCCUCGAGAUCGUGCUGUUCUCCAGAUCGGCGUGUCUUUCCGCCGGCGAUGCCUUGCUGGAUUUGGUGGACUACUGUGCUCGAAAAGUUGCCAAAGUCACUGCCUGGGAGGCUCCAAGCGAUCCGCAGGCUCUCUCGGGCAAGCGGAUUCUCGAAAUGUCCGAUGAGGAGCUGAUGAGGGACAAGUUUGACGAAAUGGAGUUUGCCAUCUGCAUCGGCGCCAUCGGUAUCAUGCGAUAUCUGAGCGAGCACGCUGCCGAGCUGGACCUGUCGGUGGUCACUCGGAUGCUCAACACACACGAUAUGAUCAGUGCGAGCGUUUAUCUCAUCGAACGGGCCCCUUGGUUCGAGCGCACAGACAAAAACAAGUUCCGUCGAUACGAAGAUGGUGCCUGGCGAGACAUUCCGCGCGACGAACUGCCCAGGCUCGGCAAGGUCGAGGCCCAGGCUUGGCUCACGGUCUACAAUCUCUGCCUCGAGCCCAAGUGCCGCGAAAGCUACGAGUACACAACCCAAAACCAAGACAUCAUCCUCAGGCUCAAAUCGUUCAUCACCGAAAUCAUGGUGGAUCAGCUGCCCGUGCUGGUCCAUCUUCAACGAUAUCUCGAGGAGCUGACGAUCCUGCAGCCACCCGAGCCUAAACAUCGUCCAAACCGCUCGAUUCUCGUGGAGCUGGUGCCCGAGAUCCUGGACGAGAUCACCAAAGACAUCGAUUGGGAUGAAGUCGCCGAGUACCAGAAAACCACCGUCUUUCGCCAAACAGAGGAAGACAAGCGCGAAAUGGCCAGGAGACUCGCGGCUACAUACGACCUUUCGGAGUACUCGGAGCUGCUUGAUCCGCCAAAGUGCGGCAAGUGCGGAAAGGAUGCAUCCCAGCGCUGUUCAAGAUGCAAGACCGAAUGGUACUGCAGUCGUGCAUGCCAAGUAAAGGCGUGGAAGACCCAUAAGGGAGCAUGCGACAUGGUUGUCGGGUACACGGCGCUUUGAAUCAGAGACGCCCCUCGAAUUCUCAAGCCAUGGCCAACUGCAUAUCCGAGGAUUGGUCUGCCGUUGACCCGGGCUCGGCUCUUGAUCUUGGAAACAAUUGGCCGGCACGUCCUGGAUUGGGAUAAUCGCCGACGACGGCGGAAUAAAACAGCCGCGAACAACGCAGCGAUUACCGCCGAGCGCUGCGUUACAUGAUACAAGCACCGCUUAACUCCAGUGCCAUAUGGGAGGGAGGGAGAGCAUGCGGGUCUAUUGAUUGG